UCCCACCGCAACCGACCGUUGCUUCGACAGGAGAGUCCCUUCUAACUGACGCUCCUCGAUCUUCUCCUUCCCGUCCCCUUCCUCCCCCUCUCACUCGCCCUAGGGUUUCCUCUCUCCUCCCAUGGAGACGGAAACCCUAGCCCCCGAUCAUCGUCUUCCUCGCCGGAGCCUUCUCUUUCACCAGAUCUCCGUCCUCCUCCUCACCUUCUCCGCCUACACCUCCUUCCACGCCUCCCGCAAGCCCCCCAGCAUCGUCAAGAGCGUCCUCUCCCCCUCCUCCUCCGCUGCCGCCGCCAUUAAUGGCGGAUGGGCCCCCUUCGCCGGCCCCCGCGGCCCCCACCGCCUCGGCGAGCUCGACCUCGCCUUCCUCUCCUCCUACGCCCUCGCCAUGUUCGCCUCCGGCCACCUCGCCGACCGCGCCGACCUCCGCCGCUUCCUCGCCCUCGGCAUGCUCGCCAGCGGCGCCGCCACCGCGCUCUUCGGCCUCGCCUUCUGGUGGGACCUCCACAGCCUCGCCUUCUUCCUCGCCGUCCAGAUCGCCGGCGGCGCCGCCCAGUCCAUCGGCUGGCCCUGCGUCGUCGCCGUCGUCGGCAACUGGUUCGGCAAGUCGCGGGAGCGCGGGCUCAUCUUCGGGAUCUGGAACUCGCACACUUCCGUCGGGAACAUCCUCGGCUCCGUCGUCGCCUCCUCGGUGCUGGAGUUCGGGUGGGGGUGGUCGUUCGUCGUACCGGGCCUUCUUAUCGCCAUCGUCGGAGUGAUCGUGUGGGCGUUCUUGGUUGUAGAUCCCAGAGAUCUAGGGUUUGAGGCUCCGGCCUCCGCGGAGGUCGAGAUGAGUGAUGCUGGGAAUGGAGCGGUGGAGGGUUUGGAUGGGGAAGAGAUUGGGCUCCUCGGACUGGAGAAGUUGCCCGAUUCGGGCUCCGCGGAGGCGAUUGGGUUCCUGGAGGCGUGGAGGUUGCCUGGGGUUGCGCCCUACGCCUUUUGCCUCUUCUUCUCCAAGCUUGUCGCUUACACUUUCCUCUACUGGUUGCCAUUUUACAUUCGGCACAAUGGUGUUGCCGGCAAGCUCGUGUCACAUAAAACUGCUGGAAUUCUUUCAACAAUAUUCGAUGUCGGAGGUGUUUUUGGUGGAAUUUCAGCGGGAUUCAUCUCCGAUAAAAUUUCUGCUCGUGCCAUCACUUCAGUUCUGUUCCUUUUGUUGUCAAUCCCUUCACUUAUUCUUUAUCGAACAUAUGGAAGCAUGUCGAUGCACCUUAACUUAGGCUUAAUGCUUCUGUCUGGUUAUUUUGUGAAUGGCCCCUAUUCUCUUAUUACCACGGCAGUUGCCGCUGAUCUCGGUACUCAAGACAUGAUUAAAGGGAAUUCCCGAGCAUUAGCUACUGUGACUGCCAUUAUUGAUGGUACCGGCUCUGUCGGUGCAGCUCUGGGACCCCUACUUACUGGCUAUAUUUCAACUAGGGGAUGGAAUAGUGUAUUUUUCAUGUUGAUUGUUUCGAUUUCUUUUGCUAUUAUAUUUUUAAUACACCUUGCGAAAUCUGAACUUGUCAGUAAGAUGAGCGAGCAAAAGUAGGAAUAAACUGUGCUGAAUCUCAUACAUACAUUGUAUAAAUAUAGACAUAUACGCAUUCUUUUAAUUACAUCUUAUGAAUUACAAUUAAUGAGAUAUUGCUUUUCGAAAA